AUGCGUGAGUGAUAAGAGAAUUCGCUUGCAUUUUGUCUUUUCAUACAGGUGGAGUGUUCGGAGAGGGGGGAACGGGCAGGAGGAAUAAGAUACAGUGAAUUAGGAAUGGGGCAGUUAGUUAAAGCAGUGAGGGUUAGGGGGAAAGGGAAGAGGCCGCGGAGGAGUACACGUACUCAACCGACCUUUGACUACGGUAGGCGUAGAGCCUUUUCUACGUUCUUCUGUGCGCACAAGACCGGCUUUCCUAUUCUCGUGAAAGCGCCUCUCUUGUUGCUAGUAGACGCUAAUCCAGAGGCCAGGGUAGUUCAAUGGGACCCUGUAAAUCACACAGAUGGCUCGUUGGGCUAUGCACGAUGUCCGGAUUCAACAACUUGAGGGUGAUUGGCUCUGUUUGCGCUUUUAAUUUCGCUUUUUCUCAAACAUGCCGGUAAGGGCUCCUGAUUCUUUUGGAUGGGCGGCCACUCCUGCGACCAAUAUAACCUACUCCAUAGGAGCAAGUAAAAGAGUAAAUGCACAUGGAGGUGAUCUGGGCUGGUAACCUAUAUUUGCCUUCGGGCAAAAGAGGAAUGAUCGGAGAUAAUACCCGAAACCUUGCCGCUGACAAGGUUAGUGAAACAGCCCGGUCAAGGCGUCAUCUCAGGAGUUCACUCGUUGCGUCUCCAUAAAAAGGGAAUUUAAGGAACAAAGUUUUCUUUUCCGUCUUCAUUGUGACGGGUUUGCCGGUCCCUUUAUGAUAUUCUUCGCGAUGUUGGUCCCAAAUCUUUCUAUGUCCCUCGUCGUUGCUGUCUACCGAACAGAUUUUCUCGUCCUUUGCGCAAAAACAGCGAACCAGAUUGCGUUUCCGUUGAAGUGGUACGAAACUGCAGAAGUACGUAUUCUUUCCAGACCAAGUUUUCUUCUAAUAUAUGCUCCUUUGAACGCUACCUUUAGCAUUUCUGCUUAGAAGGACAUCAAAAAAAUGAACGAACCUGCCGUUUUUACCUCCGCCGCAAACCUGGAUGAUAGAUGUGCCUGACUUACAGCAUUUAAGAGGACAUAUAUGUUGGUUUCCGCGGUGACGAUUGCGAGGAUUUCAUUAAUGUGACGACCAUAAUGUCUUAGAUUAUUGAUCCGGUGGUGUAGUUUACACCCCUCUAUCUUGCUCUUUAGGACAUCAUCUAAUACAGGACCAGUUGGCGAACCCAUAGUACCAUCGUCUAUCUGCAUAUAUAGCUGGUUGUCAGUAAUAACUGCACAUUAAGUGCACAUCAUAGUAACAGUUCCUUUAGUGCGUUCGUCAGUAUUCCUAUGUCUAGCCUAUUGGCCGAAAGGUAUUCACAGAUGUACUUGACUGUCUCUGUAACUGGAAGUUUUGUGAAGAUUGAUGAGACAUCUAGAGAAUGCAUUGCCUAUUCGUAUAAAUUCAGGUCUUCGACGCCGUCGAUGAGUUUAAAUAUGUCCCGACAGUUACUUGGUUGUAGUUAAUAUUCUAGGGCUUGUCUUUCCCCUUAAACUACUUAGUUAUCGCAUGAUACGGAAAGUUAUGCAUGCCAAAAUUGGAAAAACUGAAGGUCUUCUCUGUGGAUCUUCUGUAGGCUAUACAAUUGAUGGAAUGUAUAUGUCAACUGGUCGCAGGUUUUCGAUUUCGCGCUGGCUUAUGAAAUCCCCUGUGUGGAGUUUUCUUUUACACUCAGUAGGUUGUGCUUUUGCUCCAUCCAUUCACCCAGCUGAAGGAAAAAAUUAAAUAUUUCCGUUCUCGCAUACAAACAGUACACUGAAACGCGAUCAGAUGCUUAUAUAAAUGAAGAAAUCUGGCUUUCACUGAGACCGUCAAGAAGUAUGAGUGAUGCACCUUUGAAGGUCCUCUACUUAAAGGUACGGGUUUUGACUGAUGAAAGCAAAAGUGAAUAUUUGGAUCUUAGUGGAAUUGAAAACGUAAUAACUACUAAACUGUCGUAUGACUCCGAAGCAUCAGUAGAGCAUGGGUGACAAUUUCCGCAGAUUUGCCAAAGAGUUGCACAGCUCUUCCCUUCCAAAAAACGUAAUUGCGACCAACGAUACGGUAUUCGUAAAAAUUCGCCUAAUACUGGACAGAAAAACUAAACUGCAUCACGUGCCGUUCAUGCUGACGUAAAACUGAAGCUCUUCCGAGGAUUUACGUAAAUUAAAAAUCAAGAUAUGUGAAGGUGUGUGACUGUUUUUGAUUACCUUGUGCUUUUUAUGUGGGUCAAACCAUUAUUACUGAGAAGAAUAGAUAAACCAUCGUUCAUUCGAAAUAUGCAUUUUGGUUUUUUGUUUAAAAUGUCUUAUUUAAUUCCACUAAAGACGCUGGCUUUGAUAGUAUGGGGUGCGCCGGGACUUACUGACAUAGCUUCAUGUCCUAAGAAACACCACUGAAAAUAUAAGAAUGACCAACCACGCAGUGACCCUUUUGGGAGGCAGAAAUUAAUGGAAUGUUUACUUAUUUUUAGCUUGCGGACCAGUUCAUGGCAUAAACAUCCACUUUUCUUGCCAUGGACUGCUAGCUAGUCUUUUUAUUUAGUAGGAUAACAUCGGUUUUCUGGGACAAAAUGUGAUAAUUAAAGGGCAACGGUGUUAUGCGCAUAAAUAAUAUUUCGUGUACUAUUUAGGUACUCGCCACUCUUACCCAUUGCUGCUCAUUUCGCCGCGUCACAAUAGGCUGCUCUUAUGACCAAUGAGAUGCUGCUCAUGUGGGUUGCAAGAAUACGGGACUCGCGCAUUACUGAGAACUAGACGUCACGCUAAUCUUCGGUGAUACUACAAAGAUUUGCGCCGGACAUCUUUUGGGUCGAAUGAACGGCGUUCCUCAUCUCUCCCGCCACGUCUCUUUCCAAGCAGUUGUUCCACCUGCAGUAGGUUUUCCGGUAUACUAUUAUGACUACUCUGGACCGUCACUCGUACAGGCCCACAAUCACGUCGAAAGCUCGCGACAAGGGUCGGAAAAGACGACUGAAGAACAAUUUACUGGCUGCCGCAGUGUAAGCUUAAAAGUCAAGCGCUCCAUUGCACCGGAUUUGAAAUACAAACGACAAAAAUCGGCAUCUUACAUUCUGGUUGAUAAUGACAACUCUCAAAAUGCUGCACCUCCCGGCGGCAGCAAUGCGCACACGCCUCGACUGCUCUCUGUUACUGAAGACGUCCUGGCCAAAGGAAGCCCGGCAUGUGAUACGUCCAGCAUGGCGAUGGAUAACACUGACGGUCAACCAAAAUACCUGCAGAAGUUACGGAUUUUUAGGAGGUUUGACUGCAGUGAACUAGGUUUGCGAAAGCGCACAGCAGCGCUGUUCAAGCGUCUUAAAGCAUUUCUUCUGGCCAAUAAGCGGAUCUUUGGAUUUGUUGUCCUUUUCAUUGUACUUGCUUUGAUUGUCUGUAUCUUUGCAAUUAUCAUUAGUUUAUCUGCAAAUACUCAAGGUAACAGCAACUUACUUCAGUCCAAAUCCAUUUUUCAGCAGCCCGGAGUGCCUACUUUAAGGAGGACCAUGGCGAUCUGUGAUACUCCAUUAUGUUUACGAGUGGCACUUACCAUUCAGAGCAUGUUGAUUUCUCUCCGACAGUCAUUUGGUUCAGCUGGUAGCCUGGAGAACUGCCAGGAAAUAUUUCUGCGCAAAUGUUUCCAGCAAAUACCCAAAGACAACGAGAAUUAUGAAAAGGUAUUUCGAGAGCCCUUGGAAAUAGCGACGAACGUUCUUCUACGAGACGCCUAUAAAGUGGAUACCAAUUCUGAUGAUUCUGAUAAAAAUUGGAGACACGGUGGGCGACCGCUCCUUCAAGCCUGUAUCCGACGUCACCUGAUGUAUGGCUAUUCUAAUUUCGGUCAUGAAAAUCAAUAUGAACGACUAGCACUUCGGCAUGGAAUCCCAAACUACGUCGAUUCUGCACAAACGCCUCAGGCUUGGAAGGGAGUUUCCAUUGGCAAUUCUUCACGACAAUCAUCAUCAACUACUGCGUUUUCUGAAAAAGAGUCAACGCAAAGUGCAAACGAUGGAAUGCCGAUAGGCAAUGAUUUAAGCAAACGCCCUCCGAUACUUCAGCAGAUGCUUGAAAGCAGCCUUCUUAGCUACAACUCGUUUGGUAGCUAUAUAUUUGAAUAAAGAUUAACACGUAAUCCAUAAUCUGUCAGUAACAUUAUUGUUGAGGUGCAUAAUUGGAAUACAUAAGUGAAAUUUUUUAUCGCCGAUAACGCCGCUAAGGCAAAGUGCAAAAUGCUUGAUCUGCAAAAGUAUUGUUUGGUGAUGUUCAAAUAGUAGAAUGAAAUGGGUCAAAAUAAUAUUCAGUUGCAUCUUACUCCAAAAGCUUAACUAUUCAUAAAUACUUUAGGACUGGCAACUUUACGCAAGAUUACCAUCCGUCCAAUUAUACAAUCAGACCCGUCAUACGCUUUGCUUGUCUGUGGAGAGCCAAUUUGAUAAAAUAAUUUCUCUGUACCGCGUACAUAAAACGUUGAAGUCUCGUGACUUUAAUGAGUUAUUGUUUAAAAUUUUCUGUUAAGUCGGCCAAUUUCAAGUAACAGGCUGUCUGGUUGCUUGAAAAUACCCCAUUAUGCAAAAUAUUAUUCGACACUUAUUGGCGUUAAAAAGCUGCCACUAGCAAAUAGCUGCCCACCUAACCAGGAUAAUAACGAUUCUCUUUGCGCUGCCGCCCUGGUAUUUUUGACUUACGCCAAAAUAAACAAAACCACUACAGUAAAACGGAGCGAGAUCCCAGAUCGCAUUUCUAGCAUAAUCGAAUUUUGACUGUUUCUUGCAUAUGAACAUGGUAUGAAUUGUUUUUGUCAAACCUCUUAGAAAUGAUGCACAAGUGUGUAAAGCGGCUUACCAACCUGCUUUGAAUAACGGAAAGCGAAAAUUUCGCUAUCUCAGAAAUGAGUUUGUUGCUUCGCUGCCAUUCAUAACCCUAUGUUAUGUCUGAGGAAUUUGAUACCUUGAACUAUAAGCAAUUUCUGUGAUACGUUCGUUGCUAGGGGUGGGGUGUGACGGAGAGACUGAGCAAUAAGUUUCAAAUGGCACGUUAUAAAGAUAGGUAAUAAAUGCAUGGCAACGCUUAAGCGGUAGCACGUUUCUUUGAUUAUCUUGGUGGCAGUUACUGGGCGAAUAAAUAAACAACGCAGACACGUAGGCGCAUAUAAAUAAAAUGAUAAUAUUUAUUGCUUAAAUCUAAACAGAGGCCACAUGUGCAUGAAGUGGAAGCAGAAGUAGAAGUGCAAUUUUUUACUAUACAGAACAUAAUGUUGGAAAUAACCUGCUCACGGUCAACUUUUACAGAGCAAAUACCAUUUUUUUCUGACCACCUGCUCAUUACAUAUAUAGGUUGAUUAAAAUAAAUAGAGACCACACAGUGAAACCUCGAAAUAACUGUUGCGUUAUUGGGUAAAAUAAUUCGUUACUAGUCGUCCUGAUUCCAACAUUAUUAUAUCCUUCGUUGGUAGACUUUGAUUAAAUUCACAAAAUUACCAAACGGCGUAGACGGGUGUCGCAGAAGAGAAAAGUAGAAAGUUUAUAAUUGGUAUGUGUAUUUCAGUUAAAUCUGACGUAUCGGUUAGCAAAAACCCUAAAACAUAGACAAUUAGCUCCAACGGAAGGAAAACAAUUUCUAAACCGGCGUCAGUCAGCAAAUAAGUAAGAUGAUGUUACAUUUUGUCGGGAAUAAAUUGAAUACGUUAUAUAUUUUGAGUUUGUCUUGCUAUCUCGCGGCCGAACUUUGAAUGAACGAGACCUUGUUGCCAAGGUCAUGGCGAUUUUGUUUUUAAAUCGAGAUUAAAGCAGAUUGAAAAUAACGACUAAAAUAUAAGCUGAGGUUAUUGUUGGAAAUAUACUUAUGAUUCAUGUUUGGUGGUCUUUGGUCCGAAAAUAUUCAUAAGUCCACUUGCAGUCAUUGUGAUUACUUUCCUUCGUGGCUGAUUUGAAAGCCACGAUAGAUGCUGGUCGCAAGAUUGACAACGAUAUCCAAAUUUCUUAACAGACGUUUGAUGCAUUUACGUUAGAACGCCAAACAUAUACUUACAAAGCUUGCUGGUUUUCUUAAUAAAAGCUUACAGGUUACCUCUGAUUCCAUGCGUGUUAACGUGUAUUUGCUAGCGUGGUUGUUCCGACAAAUAUAGCAUUUAGGGAACAUGUUGUGCAUAAGGUUUUGGCAAUUACGAGACAAAUUAUGCGAGUGUAAAAUUAAACUCGGUCCUUUUAAGUGCCAGGUAUCUUAUAUUCACAUUUACGGAGAACUUUUGCCUCCCUACAUCCAGCUGAAUAAAACAUGAUCUUCCUAACAUUGAUCCUUGAUGUUGGAACGAAGCGGAACUUCGCGCGUACAUUCUGCCUUAGAUGACCCGUUUUUCACUUAUGAUAUAGUCCAUCCUAUAUUUACUUACUGCAGAUUUUUCGACCAACCCAAGUAAAAAAGCUCGUAUGUUCUUAACAAAAGCGCGUCGUAAAAAGGAAGCUUUAACUAACUAGUAUUGACGAUGCAUAGUCAGAUUUGUAUGACAAAGCUUUAAAGGCUAUUCAAUCGCAAGUCGCCUGUAGUUUUUAUUUUUUACCCUAAUUUAACGAAACUGCCGAUAUAUUUCCCAUGCUUUUUUAAAUUUCUAUUCAAUGUUGCUUGAGAACUCACCGCAGUCUUCGAGGGCAUUAUCAAUUAGUUUCUCUUUCCUCUUAAGUAAGCGGGCUAAAUGACAAUGUCUUUCAAUAUCCCUCGGUAUCUAACCAACAAGUAAUAAUUACGCUUCUUUAUAAUCACUUAAAUAUAAUGAUUGUAGUCGAACAAAUUUCCCCGUAUGCCUAAAGUACAUGGAUUUAUGCCCUUUUAUUUUUUGUUCUACAUCUCAUGCCAAUGACUAUCUGAUCCUGAGGCUUUUGUUUUUAUUUUUGAAGAUGAAGUCCUACAAAAGUUGCAGAUAGGAUAUGGACUCUCGUUACUUUUUGACAUGUGGAUUGAAGGCGAUCAAAUAAGGGUAAGCGCUUUUAAUUAAAAACUAAACAGUGAUGAAGCUCAGCUACUCACCUUGCAUAUGAGAUGCUUUUCAAAUUUAACGCCACCCUCGAGCCUUAUAACGCUUCAGAUUUAUGGCAUCUUUUAAACAAUGUUUUAUGUCUCCAGAACGAAUUAAAAUCACAAAGUAUUAGUGGGUAACCUUGUAAGAUACGUGCAGUGCAACGCAAUCACAGACUAGAAAGGUCUCGAUUUGGAAAAAUGAAUGGAGGUCAGUUAAUGUGAUCUUAUUCUGGUCUAACACUCCACUGUCAAAUGGAACUCUGUCAUUGUCCAGGAAUUUGCUAAAGGUAUCCCCCAACUAAUGACAUGAUAAAUCUGUCCGAUAGACGGCAAAUGAUGGCGAAACUCAUGAGCGUUUUUGGCUUUCCCGAAGUUGCACUUCAUAGUUUUCAAUAAUCUUAAGGUUAUGGCAUCGUAUUUAGUGCUCGCCUGAACUUCUCUAUGUAGGUUUUGAAAACAACAUUUUUACAUCUAAACUCUGUUCGACCUUUGCUGUGUCUAAGUGCACGGAUUUCUUGAUAAAAACAUCCACAGGUAUUCUGCUAAUGUUCAGAGUUUUUCUGUGUGUGUUCAGCUCCACAUCGGCUCUUCAGGGUACUAACAAAUUCAUAUUUUCACACAAAAGUUACGGGCAUUAACUUAUUACGAAUAAAUUCCAGAUUUUAGAAGAUACUGUCUUCGAAUACCAAAUAAAUGACACCUGCUUGAUGUUUCCAAAUGGGCGGUAUUUUGUUUCAAAAACAAACCUUCAUACUAACCGCUAGAAUUCUCAUAUAUCACCCUGCAGCAACGUUGGAACCACGAAUGUGAAAGUAAAUCAAAUAUAUGAAUUGUCAAGACCAUCCGCGAGUACACUGUUGAAACUUAUGCAGGCGGCAGGUACAUUUACAAUGGAAGUAAAAAGUAGUGGUGGGUCAAGAUAACUGUUCUUCUUUCCCAUCUGAUCACCGUAUGAUUUAAAGAUCCUCUGGGAAAUGUAUAAAGAAAUGACCACCAUAAUAUAAACUUAGCUGUUAUAGAAAGUCAUGCCAAUUAUCCUUUUCCGCAUGAGCCGAUAAUUCUUGGUUGUGUUGCAUUUCUAAGAAGCCGCGUAACUAUGUUUUAAUACAAACAGACGACCCAUUCGUAUAAAAUGCAUCCAGACAAGAUAUUGACGGAACUGGGCUCUAAAUCUAGUCGGGAAAUUCUCAUGUGCAAAAAUUCAUUCUGCCAGAAAAGGGAGAUGCAGUUUUUAUAGCAAGAUUUUUGUUGGCCUGGCGUUUAAAUUCCCUCUCGAACUCACCGUCAGUUGCAAUAGUAAAUAAGGGAUUAUGAACGAACAGCUAAACGAUUCCUAAAACACACCUCUUCUAUUUUAUCGGUAGCGUAUUUUAUGUUUUAGAGAGGUGCAGUUAAAGUAUCGACUGCAAAUAUAUUAUUAUUUUGCUAAGAAAAACGCGCCGUCACUGGAACAGUGCGUGUAUGAACACGAGCUUUAGAUCUCGUACAGAAGGCCACCAUCAGGCAUUGUGAGAAUGCAACAAUAAAGUUGCAGUUUUUGUAGUCUAUUUAGCAUACAUAGCCAAUAAAGAACCCAAAAAGACAAUGUAUACAAAGUGACUAAUAAGUCUCAGAUUCAGAAUAACCAUAGCAAGCACCCGAUUGCGCAUAAACGCUGCUGUGCUAGAGCACUAUUCCAAAGCGUGAAAACGCACUUCAGUGAACCGGACUGACGAAUAGGAGAACUACGGCAUCCCUAGGACCAACUGGAAAGGAAUGAAUACCAACCAGCUUCAUCAACCACUACCUCCAUACACGCCCAUAGAGAACAGACGGAGGAGAACCACCAACAGUCUGGCGCCCUCUGCCGUAUAUAAAGAUUGUGUGUGAAGCAAGGGAACGUAUCGUUGCAGAGCUCGGCGUUGAUAUCGCCCAUCGUUCAACAGCUACUUCAAGUAUCAAAACCAUGCAAACGAAGUACCAACUAGAAGCAGGUGAGCAAUCUGGUGUGGUUUACCAUAUCCCAUGACGUGACUGCCCUUACCAUUGUACAGACCAGCUCGUUAAUGAUGGAGUUCAAACGGACAGUCCCAGGAGGCGACCCACCGACUCAGGACGCUACUCACACAAUGAAGGAAGGUCAUCAAAAUGGGGCGCAUUACAAUUGAGAAAGCACGAGAACUGCCAGAGGUCUUGGUGUCUCACACCGACUCCAUCAACAAACACGUUAAUAUACCCCUACCAUUACGCACUUCGUUCACGUGGCCAGAGGCGCAACCCAACUCCCAGCCAAGGACGCAUGCCGUCAAGAUGCCGUGAUACGGCGUGGCGCGGCCUUAUCGCGAACACAGCCCCCUCCUACAUCCCUACUUUCCCUUCCUCUCUGAUUAACUACGAAAACCGGACAUUUUAUGCUGUAUUCUCAGUCUCUGAUGACGGCCUCCUGUACGAGGCAGUAGGCGCACUUCAGCACACGUACUGUCCCAGUGAUCGCGCGUUCAUCUUCUUUGCAACAGGAAUCUGGAACUUUCAUAUUCAUUUCCAUUCAUAUCGCAAUAUUUUUUGUGCUGGUCCACCCUUAUGGAAGGACGUAGAUAUAUAUGAAUGAGGCAAAUCUUACUGAAAUAAUGCCAGAGGCAACUUAUCUCGAGGGGUCAUGCCAGUGACUUUUAACUGAUUGAUUCUCGUAUAUCCUACAAGAACGUGUCUGUUGUCACCAUAUUAUGCCUUUUUGCAAAAUAUUUAUUUAAUCAGUUAAGUGGACCGCAACAGAUUGAGCCCUGGGAUAAAUUGGAUCUGACCAAGGAGCCAAGUGGAGACGUUAAUCUGCUAACUGCCCUGAAAACUUACAUUUGUCUUGCAUUUGCCUCUGCACAACCGUCUGAAGCACUUGAAAAACCGCUGGGUGCGAAUUGCACACUUAAAGAUCCUGACAGGGUCGUCAGUCUAUUGAAAAUACUUCAGAGGAUAGCAGAAGUAAGUACUUUAGUGUGCAUACUGUAUGCAAAUGAUAUACUUUUAUAUAUCUUAGCUGAUUCAAUACAUAGCCGAUUAUUUAGACAUGGAAUGCGUAUAUAUGCAAAUGUAAGGUCAAGCUUAAUGGGCAAAUGUUAAUAUUUCCAUUUCUUACACAAUGAAUUAUACUUGGAGGAAUACGCGUUAAAUGUUUCUCCAUGUAAUUACGCUACACUGACUUAAUUUAUGAUGCCAUGCUGAUUGCACUUUAGUAAAAUGAAAGUUAAGCAGAAGUUUACAACAGAGUUCUUAAAAAACUAGGAAAGAAAUAUAUUUUUAGUAUCCUAUACUGUAAUUUGUAUAAGUCAUGUGGAGUUUAAGAGGAGUUUCACUUCGCUGGUGACGACGUGGCAUUUUAUAUUGAAUGCAGAAUGCAUACUCAUAUUGCCCAAUGGAUCACCGCUUAUUUGUCAACUCACGACUCAAAAAUACUUAUUAUGUUUUCUAAAAUACAUAUAAAACUGAAAAGCACUCUCAUUUUUAAGAAUCGCCACAUAGUUGUCUAACUGGGUCAAAAAUAGUUUAUUUUAAUGUUACCUAAAAUUCGAAAGUGCUUUUGACUAGAAAGAGUUACAUCAGUGGGGCUGCAACACUUACAAUCUUGCGAUAUAAAUUCCUGAUAUUUGAGACACACCAGGGUGUUGGCUCUUGAAGGUACUUCUUUUCGGUCAAGUUAAUACUUAAGCGAUAUGACAUUUUUCUGAUUAUUUUUAACGCCUUUUCAAAUCUAAAACAUUCUAAAGAAAGCUUCAUAAAUAUACAAUUUUUCGUACUCAAAUGGCAGUAACUCACCUCACUUUACAAUUUUGUACUUGAAACGGGGUAUUUUGGGAUUCUCCAGGCUGUUAGUUUGCGAGUCGUAUACUUUUCAUGUAAGUUAACAAUAUAUGCCUUUAAAUCAUUAAGAAGAAAGUAUUUUAAAAUAAUAAAAUGCUGUAAAUGGUGUAAACUAUGUUGCAUACUUAGUGCUGAUUACAAUCAAAUAGAUAGAUACGGUGCCACUUGAAUGAAUAUUUCACGGUCUAAAAAUCUCACAAUCAAAAAGUUUUUAAAAUCUAAGAUUGCCUUUUGUCAAGGUAAAAAGUUUGAAAAAGACGUGAUUUUAUACAAAAUAAUCACAAAAAAUACCUUGUACAGUUAUCUUAGGAAGUAAACUUUAAUUUAUGAGGUCACCGAAAAGCGACGUAAAAAGUGUAUAUUAUUUUAAUGGUCAUUUUGUACUGAACGCUGUUUUCGCAGGCGGUUGAAAAGAGAUGCAUUCAAAAACACAUAUCCUGUCGUGACUGAAAUAUUCUGAGUUUAUGUUCCGUGGUUGUCAUUAUAACAGUCUUUCUUAGGCAAUUCUUUCUACUCGAAAUGGCAGUUUAGAAUUUCAGUCGAGAUUUUACGAGAUCUGUCACUGGCUGUACUGAUCUUUGAAAACUGGAAUUUCCAGGCAAACGGAACACAAACUAAUCAAAAAUUAAUAGGUGAUUGUCCUGGAGGUUAACUUUUACAAACCUAUUUAUUGACUCUAUUUCAACCGGUAAGAGAAAUUUUUUGAUUUUUGGGAUUAAGUAAGCCCUUUGGGAAGUUGCCAACUAUGAAGAUAAAACUACGCUAAUUUGCAUAAAUAAACCUAAGUCAAUGGCGUCGAACCUUCAUCCUGACUGAUGCUUAUCUGCUGUAGCCGGGUGCAAAUUUGCACUAACUGGAAGCCGUUUUAUAUUUCAAAAACGAAAUUGGCAUACGCACCAUAUGUUUAGGCAUAAAGAAAUCUAGAAUGUUGGAGCACAUAUAAUGCCUCGAGCAUACUACAUCUAGUGUGUUCUGCGGCAGUGGACGGACGAUUUGGGUCAAAAGGGACCAAGUUACGCAAUAACCCGGUCUAUGUUUCUAAGACAUGCGUACGAAUGGAAAAGGAGUAGCAGUCCUGACAAGAGAAAAGGGGCAACGGUUUGAUUCUAUCUACUAGCGGCAGGUUAGUAUAAGACGACGAUAAAUCAAUGGCCCAUGAAACAUUUGACUAAAUUAUCCUCCGAACGUUGAGCCAGAAGAUAAAAUUUCAUUAAAUCUCAAAACCUUUUUUGGCUAUUUGCAAACUUUAAGGUUACAUGUGAAGACCAUUCUCCAGAAAAGCAGCUGUAAUCGGCUUACAUAGGAUUAUCCCUAAGACUUUCCACAACCCGAUUCCUCCAUAGAGAUAAAAGUUACUUUUGAGAACUAAAUCCAAAAAUUAUUUAUUAAUCCAAUUUAGGAAGAUAAAAGCCAUCAUGAUACCGUAAGACGAGCUUUUUUAGACGAACGCUUUAGCAGUUGUUCAUAUUUUUCUAAGUGCUUUCGUCCAAGACAUAACACAAUGUUUUCGUUUUUAAGGUUCGGGCUCUAGAGCGUCUGCAGACGUCACUUCUACAUUCCGUUGCGUUAACUGAAAUUACUAUCGAACGUUUGAUGGAAGUCAUGGGCCGCACGGUAAGCCUAUGUAACGUAUGUCAUGACAAAUAAUUUCCGUAUACCUUACACAUUACUGAAGUCAUUUGUUCGCCCGAAACAGGUAGACUUCACAUUCUACUUAAGGGAUCUUCUUCAAAAUGUAUCCAUCAAAGGAAAAGUUGCCGUAAUUAAUCUGCAUUCGUUUUCCUUGAUCGGUGACUUUCUGCGUCAAGUACGAACAAGGUAUGUCAGUCCGGUCAGCCUUAUGCGGCUUCUUUUAAAGUGUAGUGAUAGAAUUUAUUGCAUUAUAUUUUGCUUCUUAAAUUCUGCAAAUAGUUGCAUCGGAAUUGCAGUGUUAAGGGAUUCCUGUGCAUCCAUUGAGAUGAAGAGGAAUAUCCCCUUUUCGUUGUUGGAGAAUUGUAGCAAAAAAGUGCUCGCAGAUUUAAAUUAUAAUUAAGUUUAAUUUACUGACCCAGAAAAAUCGGCACCAUAUCGACAGACUGAUAUCCCCUGUUGUAAUUGUUCUAUUCGGAAUUAAGUUUCAAGAAUCACGGUAAAUUAACUACAUCAGUUUUAUGCACAGUGUGUCCAAAUUAUAAAAGUUUAUAUUCCAAUUAUAAAACGUAUCAUAAAGUUUCUAUAAAUAUCGCAAAACUGUUUUAUUAUGCGUUUUAGCGACCUCCAGGAUUAUAUUACUUUCUCAAUUAUUCACAAAUACGGCGCCGUUAGCAACACCAAUCUGGAACAUGCAAGGAAUCGGCUCUACCGAAUUGCGUAUGGUAAGAUACGAUUUUGUCAUAACACCUUCCAAAAUAUUCAGCUUACGUGGGUUUUAUUAUUGUACGACAGCAUUACUUUGUGUUGGAGAUUUCGGAAGGUCCAGUCUAUUUUUUCUCACUUAUCGAUAAAAAUUGUAGGAAAUGUACUUUUGUGUAAAAACCAUUGCUGUGGACGCGCCUGUAAAUCCGUUUCACUUCAAAAGGUCUGUGCGUAAACAAUAAUCUAAUUAUGGCAACGCAGAGAAUCUAAAGCUUUUGAAAAGACUGGCAGUAAAAGAUUUUCUUUGCAGAAACUUGAAAAGAGCGCGUCCAUAUUCUCGGCAGCGCACGAUCUCACGACUUUGAAGGUGUGUUGUACGGUUCGUUGAAGUACACACUGCUUUAAAACCCCAUGAACUCCCAUUUUUGCAUUCGUCACAUUAUCAGUUUAAUGAUCAUUAUAAGUAUUUCCAUAUAUCUUGUUCAAACAGUUACUUAAUUUGUCACUCGUACCCUCAACAAGCAGGUACGUUACGGAGUGGUCCUUUUUUCGACUGUAAGAGCUAAUUGAGAAACUUUCAAAAUCAGCAGACGCGCAGAACGACGUAUCGGGAGUGACUGUGGAUGUCGAGGAAAAAUCCGAAACAACCUACUCAGAUUGAGAUCGAGGGUAUAAGGAAACAGCAUUCAACAUUUAAGUUAUAUGUUAAGAUAUAUUUGAUUUUUUCAGUCCUCCAGCACCUCUACAAAAUCAGUAACUGCAGUAUUACCAAACGCUCUGGCAGUUGAUAUGAUAAUGUUAUCUUAUUUAAGUAAACGUAGAGUCCGAUCACACAGCGGUGAGACAUGUAUUUUUCCUACUCUACCUCUUCAAAUUAAAGGUUUUUUAAUGCCUGAUUCUCAGACACGUUGUAUUGUCUAAUUUUAUUUCAUAGAACAAGAAAAUUUGGAUUCACCUGCAAUGUGCCUAUGGGAAUUUCCAUCACCAAUAUGGAAGGCUCGCGUAAUCGAAUCUCAAAUGCGAAAACUUCAACAACUGCAAAUUUUGGUUUGUAGAAAAGAACAGUUAUUAAAACCCUGUGGCACCGAAUGAGCUGAAUUUUUAACUUGUUGUUUUUAAACAAUUCUGGACGGCCUUCAAUUUUUGAUUAAAAAUUAGUGCGUUUAUAGAUUCCUUUGUGAUUCACUUAUGGUAUCCUAUUUUUCUGUACCUAUAAACCAGAGCUUGCUUCCCUAACGUAUUUGUGUAUUUCAUUACAAAAUUUUCGAGCGUCUAGCUGGACGCUUGUUUUUUACUUGUCGAAAAAUUGUACUGUCAAAUUUUGCUUUUCAUACUGUCAAUUUUAGAUAAAAGUGUACAUCCUGCCACAGCUAAAAGAGGCCUUCACCAAUUUUGUCAACCCGGAUGUGAGCAAUCCGCUCUUAUCAAAACUGGUAAAACAUCACUCUAUUUAUUAAAAAGCCAUUCUUCCUUGUAGUUUAUUUUAUCUUGUUGGAAGAUGAGAACAGGACUUUUCAAAUACUGCAUAAUUAUCUUCCUUAUUUUUACGCCACUCUGUUGCUUAAACCACAUGCUCAUUAAUAUAUUUAAAAUAACAGGGGACUAUUAGAUGCUUGUUAAGAAAUCUAUCCAACUAAUAUGAGCGUCUUAUUCAUAAUGUUCUCUUUGCAAUCUACUUCCAUUUUUGCCCCAGAACGUGCCCAUUGGAUUUCCUAAUCGUGCAAAUUUUUCGUAAACAAUUCACUUCAAUGCAUACAAAUUGUGCUAAACACACAGCUACUAUCAUCAUUUACCCCCACCAAUAUACUUUGGGAAGGUCUUAUUCCUAAGUGUUUUUGUGGAAGCUGCGUUAAGUGUCAUAAAAAGCAUUCCGGAAGGCUUCAAUAUGAGUAGUGCACAUUGUUUCGCAAUACGCAGGCGACAGUGAGUAUGAGUCGAGCACUCAAUGUUUACGUACAUGCCGAUAGAUAAACACUGGUUUCCGCUGUCUAAACUGCAUUUUUUACGGACACGGACCUCCCACUUGCUCAGGAAAUAGGUAUGAAUCAAAUAUUAAUUUCUAUAGAUGGACAUAUUUCGCAUAAGUAUGGUUGACUAAGGCUACAGAAACCUAGAAUGACUGUUUACGAAUGCGUUAAAUCCGUCACGUUUUCAUUAAACGUGUGUGUAUUAAGAGCGCCUGCUGUAUGUUGGCACAUCAUCGCCUUCAUCUCGAAAGAUUCGCCGUCUUAGUGCGUGCCUACUGGCAGUUCAGCAAAUGGAGGUAUUUUCUAGACCUAAUAGUGACUUCUUUGUAUAGCUGACAAUCUUAAGAGGAAAGCUAUGUAUUUAACUCUAAGUCCGGAAUAUGAACUCAGGCUUUUUUGUACUGAGCAAAAAUUCGUUCCAAAAUUUUCGAGCGUUUGUAAACCGCAUUUUUAGUUUUCGUCAAAAGCUGUAUGCAAGAACUUUGUUGUCGUUAGAGCCAUACAUGCCGACGUCAUAAUCGCUAUUUUGUCCACAUCGCGAAUUAUUUCGCUUGGUUUUGCUGAAAACAACAUGUAUUAGCAGCUUAUACCAAUACACUAUCACAAAUCGGUCCCUCACAACUGAUGUGGCAUGGCUACGCUAGCAGUAAUCGAAAAAUUAUUUUUGGACAGCCUUCUCAAAUAACGUUGCAUACGAUCGUAUAAUAUUCUUUGUUUGCUUCACUUCCCAGUGCGACAUCAGCCACUUGGACACACUCGAAAACUGCGCAGCCAUUAUGUUUUGGGAAGCAUAGCCAAAAAUUAACGUAAAUUCUAAGUUUACUACUCUUUUUUAGAUCUACUAAUCUGUCAUUACCCAUUUCGUAUUCCCCAUAGAUAGCAUCAAUUUCGCUGAAAAACCCAAAAGAAUGCUCGCCGAAAUCUGAUGACCUGGAAGAAUAUUUCUGUCAGGCAAGCGUAUUAAAACUGCUGAAUAUGGCAUUGCACAAGUGAGUUCUAAAGAGGAGCCUGGUAAUAUAAUGUCCAGCCUUAUAGGAACGACAGCAAAAAUAAUCCGUUCUCCAAUUAGAAAUCAAAGCCUGACAAAAACAACCACUCUUAAUUCCUAUUUCUUACGAAGUUUCCGAAAGUCCUAAGAUUUUCAGGCAUCAAAAAAAUCUGUUAAUUUAGAUUUCGCUUUUAUCGGGAAACUGUAAGCUUAAAUAUAGGGGAAAAAAUACGACUUACAAAAGCAUAUCCAAACCCUGUGAUCAAGUAAAAAUUGCAACUGUGGUAUUAUUAAUGUUGUACCAUACAGGCAUCCUGAAGACUACAUUUUCUUCAAUGGUUUCUGGGUGCUGUGAGUGGCCGGCGUUUAAAAAUUAACGCAAAUAAGACAAGGGAAAAUUAGUUACAGUUAAGUAAGUGUCUUACAAAAAUUCUGAAGGGAAAAAUAACUAUGAAUGGAAAACGAUAGGGGAAAUCUGAAUCAUGUUAAAGAAAUUGGACAAACUGUUUCUAAGUUACGAAUAUUCUCAUAGCAGCAGCCAGUAGACAUGGGGGAGAUCAUACGCAGCUUUCGAUAAAUCGUCCACGGUCCAGUACAAUUAUAUGGGAACGUAGUAGAAGCAAAAACGUGUCAAUGAUAAGAGAAAUCAAUUAAAGCCCGUCUUACAACAGAGACGGGGUGUGGGAAUGUGGGAUGGGGAGUAAUGGCAGCCACUGCCAGGGGUGAAGUGAUGGCAGAAGUGCGCGGAGAGUUGCAGCGUUAGUCGACCUUCGACCGCUGUGGGUGCGGAGCCUAAAAAUGGUUCUUUUGUGCGCACAAGAUUGGUUUUCGUAAGUUGCUGACGGUCGCUUCUGCUGUUUCUAACAUGUUCUGAUCCAGUAACUCGAUGGGACCUUAUUACUCACACGAAAAGCUUUGUCGGGGUCCACACGAUGUCCGGAAUCAAUAAUAUGCGUGGGAACAGCGCUGCUUAUACUUCUAAUUUCGCCUUUUCCUAGCCAUGCCGGGAGUUGUUUUCGUCUUUUCUUGGAUAGGCGCCGACACGUACGACCAUAAUAACCUGUUCCACAGGAGGAAGUGAAGGAAUGGAUGCACACUGAGGCGGUCUGAGAUGGAAAUUAAUCCAUACCUUGGCCGCAUAAAAUAGGGUUAGUAGAAAACUAUAUUCGAAACCUUGCUGGUGGGAGGGUUCGCCAGACGGCAUGAUCAAGGCGUCUCACGGGGAGGUUCACUCUAGGCGUCCCCUUGAAAAGAAACUUUGAAAGACACAGUUUUUUUCAGCAGCCCGUGUACUGGUUUUUACCGGUCGAUCGACAAUAUUCUUUGCAUUAAACCUACCAAAUAACCAUUUUCGCGGAACAAGUUCUGGAUUUUUGUAAGCUCUUCCUUGAUGCUAUUUGCUGAAUAAUUUUUUUUAGCUUUUUGUGCCAAACACAGGACGAGAUUUCGCUUUUGCUGGAGGGGUACGAAACUGGCAAAGUUCGUGUAUUGUCCAGGCCAGGUUUUUUUCGGACAGACGUGCAUUUGGAUGCUACAGUCAGGUUUCCUGUUUAGAGGGACAUCUAUGAAAGGAAUCGAACCAAGCUAUUUCGAUCUCCAGCCUGAAUUUUAUCCACGGAUGUGCUUGAUUUACAGAACGUAAGAGGGUAGCUAUGUCGGUUUCUGCGGUGGCAAUUACAAGGAUACCAUUAGCUUAGCGACCGUGAUGCUUGAGCUUAUCGAUCUGAUCACUCAGAUGGAAUCCCUUCAGUUUGUCCAUGAAGACAUCGUCUAGGAGAGGUUAAAGAUGCGAGCCCACAGCAACACCAGCUAUUUGUCUACAGCGUUGGUUGUAAAAAGCGAACUGCACAUUUCGUAUGCAUCUUAGUUAUAGUUCCUUAAGUGUGUUCAUUUUUCCAACUCGAUUCCUGACUGUCAAUAUGCACAAAAAAUGGGAACUACAAAACAAGUAUUAGCUAGAAUUCCAAACAUAAAACAUGGCCCAUUGACACAAAAUAAUUAGAUUUGCAUGGAUGAACUUUCGCAAACCAUAUUAUAACUAUAAACGCAUUUUGACUUUAGAAUCCUCACAGAAUGAGGACAUCAGAAAUUCAGCGAACCGUUGAAUACAAUCAGUUUUUGGUCAGAAAGAAUCGUGCUCAUAAUCGCUGUCACCUGCUUCAAGAUGUGGGGUAAUUCGAAUUUUCCUUUAUUUGGAGUUGAUAUGUUUGUCAUUUCCGGUUUAAAGAUAUAAAAAAGCAGGUCUUAUGUGACAGGCAGGUCUGUCGUGUCACAGUAUGUUCUUCUAACAGAACAAAGGAGAGCAGAUAUUUGAAAAAUCAUUCAAGUAUUUUCAACGUCAGACAUAUUUUCUAUUUUUAAACAUAUUUGCUUAGCAGACUCUAAUAAGAUGGUUGUUUGUUAAAUUACCCGAAAUAGCAGACGUGUUCAAACAUUUGAAAAAUCUCCUGUCAAAUGGGAAUCGACCAAAGUACCUCAUAUAAGGAAUUAUAACAUACAUUGCCCAAUUUUACGCAACAUGGAAGUAAAAAAAAUAAUAUUGGGUUUGUUAAGACCAAAAAUAUCCCUAAAGAACGGAAAUUUUAACAAUGCAACACACCUUUGUAGAGGAAUGCGUCUUAUUUGCAGGAGCACAUAAUGACUGCGUGUAUUAACAACUGAGUAAGCAAAACGGCACAAGCAUGACGCCAUUUGAAAACUUUUUUGAUAGUCCUCAGUCCAGCAUCUCCCAAUACUCAUUGUGGCCUACGAGAUAGCAACUAGUACCUGUUGAAGGUCUGCUAACAUAUUUCAGAGCGAUGUUAUAUUACUGUGGUGCGGAUGCUUCACUUUUCUUAUCAGGUGUGCGGUUGACUAAGACGGACAUGAUUUGGCUCAUGGAGGGAACUAUCAUCGAGACCAAGAUUUCAUAAUGUCCAUUCCGAAAGACAUUGGCACAAAAUCAACAGGUGUAUCCGUUGAUAUACUACUUUCUGUGUAUAAAGGAGGACAUUUUUCCGUAAAAUCCCCAUUUACUUUCUGAAAGCAGUGGAGUCCGCAGAUGCUUAGGGCGGCAAUGGAAUGUAGGUAAGUACUUUACGGCCCUCAGCGCUCCCAACACAUAAGGAUCAGUUCAGUGGUUUGUGUUUACCAGUAUCUUUAUAAGAAGACAGGUCUUGACUUUCUUCUGCAGGAGUAAGAUUCUGGAGUUUUUUGUAUGCAGAAGGCGCUUUGGGUUAUACACAUUGAUUCGCCUAAGCAGGGGAUAUGUUUGCCAAAAUAAUAAAUGCCUACAGCGGAGGCUUUCAAUGCACGCGCAUUUGACCACAUAAGAACCUUAUAUAACAAGCCAUCUCUCCACAAAGUUCAUUACUAGGGCAUUUUUCUAACGAAACGGAAUGUGUUUCGGAUUUUUUAAAGUAAAACUAGGUAAAAUUUAAAACAUGUUCCCUGAUUGUGCAUCUUCAUGAGCAAUGUAGAUACUUGUUGUUGCAGACGAAACUCUUUCUUAAUUUUAUAAUUGUUCUGAUUUUUUAUACUACCGUUUGUGGGAAGGUAAUACGGAAUGAUCGCAUGCAUUCUCGAACGAGCAACGUUACGUCUGUUUCGUUCUCAAAUUACAUAUUUGUAGACAACACAUCAAGAGAACGGCACCUUACCAUAUCCAGAAAGGUCUGAAUAGCUACCUGAUUGUGGUUCCUUUGCAAUCAUUCUUGGAAUACUUAAAAACCUCUUAAGGUGUGGAUUUUCCAAAAACAAAACUUCUAUUUAUAAUAGAACAUCAUGGCACAUAAUUUCGCUGAUUAACGAACCAAACCUCAAAGUUGAAGGUAACAUCCAUCACAUAAAAGUAGUUGGCCUAUUAAUCUCUCGUAUCUCAGAAUUAUACGGGUUAAGAAUUCAACGCUUAAGCUAAAGACGGUUGUUUCGGAAAGCGUUAUUCUUUUGGAUUAAACUUUCUGCCAGAAAUACCGGUCUAAACGAGGAGAUGUGUAGCAAAGUUAAUAAUAAGGGGGAUGCCGAUAAAUAAUGCAAAAAUGUAACCUCACCGCUGAUACAAUAUCGGAAAAGAACAGACAGCGAUAAUUUACUACAGAGGAUUCUCGAUGUUUGAAGUCUCUCCAAACGUUUUUUCUGAUUCCUGCCAUAACGUUUCUGAAAUAUGUUCACCCAUGCCCUUUCAUUUUACAUACAGUGUUUUGUAAGUUUAGUCGCCUAUGUCAUGCGCCUAACUAAAUGCAUUACUUUGUCAUUUUGUUGUUUAACCACCUUUUAUUGAUGUCAAGCGCAUGUGUGAUCGCCGACUGUUAGAUGCUAAAUGGGACCCGCAGAGAAUGUCUCCGUUUGAAUUUUUAAAACAGGUCUUCUAAAGAUGACAUAGUUUCACUGUUUGCGAACACCUCAUAGAUCGAAUCUCACCAAAUAUUGACCGAAAAAAACCAAAAUAAGCCUUUGCUGAUAGUAUUGUACCCAUGUUAUUUUGCAGUAUCACCUUCGGUAUUACCAUGGUGGGCUAGAGAAAAGGAUUUAUUUCGGUUUCAAAUCCCUUUAUCUUUCGCAAAUGCACUCGCACUAAAUAGUCUAGAACAGAUGGUCUUUAUUUAUUUAUAUUUAUUUAUUUGUUUAUUGAUAUUUAUUUAUUUAUAUUGCUGUUCAUAAGAUAGUAUUAUCAUAGUUUUGUACAUACAGACAUUUUAAGUUACAUGCUUUAAACAUAUAGAUAUGAAGCCACAUCGAUGAUUACUGGCAGACCUCAUAUUCUUGCAGUUACUAAUUUUGUCGGACAUUCCGAAUGAGUCCUGAAGAGAGAAAUUGAAUCAAGUAAAAUUAUGAAAUUAGUUAUUGUUUUUAUGUCCUUUUAAGCAAAAUGCUCAAUAGUAUGUAAGCAAUUGGCAUCAACAAAAUUUGGCAAGCUAUUUAAGCUAUUUCACAGAGCGUAAUUUACGCGCGUAACCUAAAAACCCCCAGUUUUAGGUUCGCAUGAGCCUUUUUAUGCAGUUUAAAAAACCUUGUCCAUGUUAAUCAGUAUUGUACCAGCGCUCCAGCAUGUUUUCUGUCUGAAAUCAUUUUCAAUACAUCUGUACAAUGCUGGGCGAAUUUUCACUCAUACUGUAAUUUUGGUUGUAAUUUCAAUUUCACGUUACGUUUAGUAGAAAGAAAGAGUUGUUCAACAGUUUGGCGAUUCUUCGGAAAUUGCCAGCAGCGAUCUACUUAUGUCUUGGGUUAUAUGGUGAUCUAAUGGAUAUUAUGCUUCCAAUUCCACUAAGACCCAAAACGCCCUUUUACUCUCAUCACUCAAAAUCAGCACAUUUAAAUGGAGGAUCUCCAAAGGUGCAUCGCUCAUAUUACUUAACGGUUUCAACGAAGGCCAAAUAACUUACAGUACUUUAGUACACUGCCUCUAAACGAGAACUGAAUUAUUUAAUUUUUCCGCUGCAACCGGGCAAAUGAGCGAAAUAGUCUGAUUUUCUUUUUUUUGUCAUAUCAUGUUUUCAGUGAUCGAUGAAAUACAUAGUAGAGACGCUAGCGUAGAACGUUUCAAAGAGCUUUGAUUUAAACUUUUUGUCGGUUAAUUAUUCCACGAAUAUGUCAGAAAAAUCUCUCAGACAAACUUUUUUGAAUACUGAAGUAACAUUUUGUUUCUAAAAUUUUUGCACCAGGGCAUUUUCCUCUUCAAGGACGUCAGGCAGAAUGCUUUCGCACAGCUGACUCUUUUUUGCUUCCUAAGUAAUUAUAUCCUUCGAAGACCUUAGAAAUGCCAAAGUUGUAAUUAUUUUCCGUAUUACGUACAAUGUGUGUCUCAUUUAUCUAAAGCAUGUUCAGUUGUCAUAUGUAUAUUAAUGUACAGGCAUGGCGGUGAAUAAUCAACUACUUGCAUUUUUAAAUACUUGAAAGAUUGUUUUUACAACCUUGUGGAUGUAAGUAAUUUUACAAGCGUUCACACAGCUCCCUCCCUAUAUCAUGUUCAUAUUUUGUCCCAGGCUUAGUUAUGAAUUUUAAUAGGCGUCAGAUGCAAAGUCAUCGUACAACGAGCUUCAAAACGGGGGGUCAGUGUACUGCAGCCACCUUCGGUGAUUAUGCAGGCAUGUUGCUUACCUAUCAUUAAUCGGCUAGUCGAAUAGGUACCCCCAUGCAUCUUCCGUUUUCAUAUGUCCUUUACAACCUGCUUCAGACUCUGUACCUACGGAAACGACCUGAUCGGGUAUCAAAGCGAAAAACAGUUACUCGGUACGAAUUCCACAUAUAUUUUAUUUCGUAUUUGCGUAGCAUUUUGGUUGUACAUGCAUCACAAACACUGCAAAAAUGCAUCUGGCCUUUAGAGGAAUGCGACAGUCAUAGCAAAUUGAGACAUGCCACUUGUGAAUACCUUUCGUUCUUAACUGUCGGCUUUAAUUCAGUUUGCGGCAGACUGUACGAUAUGUUAGAUCAUCAGGCAGUUCAAGUCACUAAUAGCACUCCCAUUCAAUUCGUUAAUAUGCGAGAGUGAAAACAAUGAGCUUCACUUUGAAACAUGGAUUCAACAAUUUUAGCAAAAAAUGCUGUAUGCACUGUGGACGAUAUAUAAGUUAACAAGUUACUCAAGAGUCAAAAGGUGUUGCAUAGAAAGGUACAUGUAUAUAAAAAUAUGUGCAUUUGUUCUCUUAUAUGAGGCACGGUUGACAAGCAACUUGGACUUUGUCUUGACCUCUAAAAACCUGUAUUAGUUUCAAAUUCCAAAACAUUUUCCCAGUCGACCAAUGUCUGACCAUUUUACUGCAACGUGAACCGGCAGACGUCCCUAGAAGAGAUUAAAAACACGUGAUAAUCUGUACGUGUAACGGUUUACUUUAUAAAACUCGCCCAUAUAAAUUCAUGAUCGGGUGGCAAGUCCGGUUGGUAUGAUAUUAAUGCCUUAUUUGGACAGGUCAUUCUGCUAAUCAACUGAGAAAAUUAUAUUAUUUCCUUAAGCUACAACAAAUUCCAUAAAAAAUCAAACUUUGGUACCAAUAUUUAAAUUUUCCACUUAAUAAUUACAAAUCCUUGGCGCUUCGAAAAAUUCCGUCUGUCCCACCAACAUGACUCUUAACAUUUGGAGUUAAACAUUGCCCCAGUUAACAAAACCACACAAAACUCUGUCGAAAGGAGAAGUUUUCUUAUGGCGUUUUGAAAAAGAUUUAAAAAUCUUAUCUCUUACUGAGUACAUGUGACCGUCGCAAUGAGACCUGCGUCGGAAUAAUAUUUUAAUUAAGCAUAAAUUAUGCUUGCAUGGACCAGUAAUUUAUUUACUCCGAUCUCAUUUGACGAUUCAUUACAGUUUAAGACUUUUCAAAAGAAUAGUAAUUUGAUUUAUUUAAAGCUACAGAGAAGGAAGCAAUUAAGGCUUUAAAAAUACAUCCGAUCACAAAUCUAAAAUGUACGGAAAAUUAAAAAAGGGGAUUCUAAUUUAUCAAAACGGAUCGAAAAAAAGUAAAAGUAACCUGAUGGAAGUUUUAAAUUAUUGUUAAUGAUGAGAGGGGAAUAUCAAGAUAAAUGCUCGAUAACUGCAAUGUUUUUACGGUUUUUUGGUUUCUUACGAGGGAAGUUCCCCAAAAAUAUCAUUGUGAGGUAAUUUUCCACAUCACGAAUGAGGGAGGACUGCUUCAAUGUUAACUUUGUUGACGCUGCAUUGUUGUAGAUGAUCGGAGUUAUUUAGGUUAUUUAAGGUAAAUUAACCUAACCUACCGGAUGAGCCUUUUAUUGCUGCGGUUACGCCUGCGAACGAGGGCUUUAGUCAGGGACCUGCAAGAUGUGUGUUAAUAGAUAAAAAAAUCCCAGUCUGGAAAGUACUUGUUGAAUUCGGCUUUGGGUAUUACAACCCUACAAGCUCAAUAUCAUUGUAAAAAUCGUAGCACUUCAUAGAUACUGCUUACAAAUAUUCCAACUUCUCCAGAAAAAACACUAUGCAAGCCAUAUAUUUUUGAUUUUUCUGAAUUUAUGCAAUUUUAGUGCCAUCCUUGCUGUUUACGUUUGAUCAACGAGUCGAUUAUUCGGGAAAAGCGCCAAGGUGAGUCACACCGUAGUUGAAUGCCCUUCUGGAUUUUUUCUAACUAGGAGGCAAAGCGGAACUAAAUUGGAAAGUUCAGGUUCUUCAUCUACUUUACAUAAGGACAGGACAGUAAACGUAUAUUCCAACGAUUAUUUUCAUUGCCGGAAAAAUCUGGGAAUCUUGCGGGAUCUCAUAGAGGCAUAAAACUGGAUGCUUGAAGUACUAUUAUACUUCAGGCUUUUCGGUUGCUUAGGACUAUUUAUUUUCGGCUACCAUUACAUGCAUGGUAUCAUAUAUAAAAAUUAUUGUAUGACACAAAGAGAAGGGACUAUGCGAAUACUCUGACGUAUGCCCAUGGUGAAGCCCAGUACUAGUUGUCAUGCAUUUUGAUACAGGUUUCAAUCCAAGCUUCCAAAUCGUCAUCUGUUGAGUGCUCUAAACUAUGAAGCUGGUCGCACAAGGCGGAGACACGAAACUUCUUAACAAAGCAACUAGCAACCAAACGCAUACAAAUUUCGAUUUUAUUCAAACGUCUUUUCUGUUUCAACCGCAGUUACAGUGCAUUAGAAUGCAGACAUACAGGAACGAGAGCAAUACAUUCCGAGUUUUAGUGAAUUUGUACUUCAUUUGUGCAAACCUGAAAGAGAGUCGUUAGGGCACAGACAAACAUAAGUCUACGUAGGUUAUGUUAAGAGCAAGAAGGCGAGCUGUCACAUCGAAAUUAUAUAUAACAGUUUGGUAUACUGCCCAUCUGCCUGAAUAGAUUUAGAUUUAUGGGCUGCCCGAAGAACACUGGGAGUCUAACUGUAUCCUUACUACGUUUUGUGUAUAGGUCUCGCAAUAUGUCAAUCAAACCGAUAUGUUCCAUAGAUCAUAUUGGAGUUUAAGGGCAGAUGUCACCUUGACCUAUCUAUUAUUAAUUUGACUUAAUUUUGAAAACCCUGGCAGUCUCGAUGGCGUUCGAACCCACGAGGGCAAGCACGAGGCUUUGUGCGUUUAGGCUGCUAGGCCUCGUGGAAACGCCGCAAGGUGAAUCAGGCUGGGUUAAUUUACCCGCCCAGCGCAUUGCAACGUGUGGAAUCCGCCAAUUCUGAUACAGUAAACUCUCUGUCCAGCCAGAAUUUCUUAACCGUUCAAUUUGGAAUUCACCAGAUGACUAGAAGGCUCGCUUAAGUUCUGUGUGGUUAUUUGACGGAUUGACAAAAGGCAUCCAUAACCGGAAAACGUAGUCCUAUUUAUCAACUGUCUGAAGUAGACGACUGUUCCAUUAACUAUGACACUUCCAGACUCUCACUGCAUGAGUCAAAUCAGUUACAUAUAAUACUAAGUCUCCCUGCUUUCGAAAACCAUUGGUUUACAGAGUUGGAACCAUCAACACCUGAUGUUUUAGGAGCAAAUAUCUAAGAAGACAUCUGUUACUCACUGAAAGAGGGUUGUAAGAGCAACUUAUUUGUCUUUAAAUUAACUAUUGUCGUCCUCAGAAGCAAUAAUUUCAUCCGUUGACUUCGUUUAAAGAAAUUCCAAAACACUAAGGUUGUUUGUUGUGACGACGGAGAAUUUAACACAUAUGCCUUUUAUUCACUGGAAGAUGGCCCAUAUUUUGUCAUUAAAAUGUACUUGCUAGACUUUUGUUCAAGCAAAAUUCUACCGGCCUUUUUAAAUGUCUUGGUAACAGCUUGGUCCAUCAUACCUUUAUGAGGAAAUUUUGCCCCUCACAAAACCAAUCAGAAUGCGAUCGCACGAUCAGUUUGCUCUAAUUUUAACAGUUGUAUCUGACAAAGACGAUCCACGGUUGGUCAAACGGCAAACUGUGUUUACAGAAUAGACAUCCUGAAGCCUAUCUAUACAUCCUAUGCUAAUAAGCUAAAUCCUCCUUCAGGGCAGAUGGCAAUAGGCCGAUAUCGCAUCGUGGUUUGAAAAAGCUACAGUUUGGCUUAUUUACCUUAAUAAAUGAAUAAGGUGGAAACGAAAUAUCGUCCGGGUCUUUGGACUGACGUACUUUCCCCAAGAAUCACUCGCUGCAGACGUUGCGUCAUCUGAUUAAUUAAAGAAUUGAAUGAAGUUUUAGAAAACACGAGACAAUAUGCUGGUGGCUAAACACAUCCCGGUAUACAAGCAUUUAUGUUUCUUUCGAUUGCACACGUCUAAAAUGGAAAGACUUCUCGUUCCUAACUGAAAGUAUCUAUCCGGGUUAUGCAAAACGCAUUAGCGAAAUUGCCGUCAAACUCCGUCCCAUGCCCUAGCAUUAUAGUCAUUAGAAUAUUGUGGCUGGUAUAGCAGCAAAAAUCAUUCAGAACACUUCGGUCCUGAUGACUUAAUGGAAAGGAGGUGCAGAACCUGGUUUUCUUGAUUAUGACAUAGGAGGUUUGGCCCAUAAGACAGGCCAACGACUGAGCGACUAUAAGUAUUUAAACUGAAUAAUGCUGACAAGAUUGUUAGGGCCAACCGUCUUUCCAGAAGCUGACAAGGUUGGUCAAUAUUAAAUGUACCAACCCAACUGCUGUAAAUGAAUUGCAAAAGAUUAGAAAAGCACCUGUGCUUAAAAUGAUGAUUCCGCAUGAACUGUGAUGAGAAACGUUAACAAAUUGUCAAUUAUUGCUUAACCGCCAUCUUCAUAAAAACUUUAUAAUAGGCUUGUUACUGGGGACAAUAAUUAGGUUCUUUGCUACUACGUUAGAGGUCACCAUCAGAGUGUCUUUCGUGAAGAUCAAUCAGUUCGGCAGUCAGAAUGGAGUUUUUAUCCCAAGAAAACCGUUUUGCGACUGUGGUGGGCUCUACAAGGGAUCGUUCUCCAUAACCUGUUAGAUAAUAAUUAGAGAAUUAAUCCUGAUAUAUAUUACCAGCAAUCUUGCUGUCCAGAAACCGCUAUACAAAGCAAAUAUCCACCUCCAGUGCAAAUGGAAAGGAAUCGUCUUCCGCCAAGAAAAUAUCCAUCCCCACAGUAUACAUACUACCAAUAAUCUGCCGCGGUAAUUUGGCUGAGAAAAAUGAGGCACUUAUUUAUUUCUCCUAAUUUGUACCUCCGAGAUAUAAUGCGCCCAGAUAUUUAAAAGAGAAUUUCGUCGGCCGAGAUUGGCGUCAACUAAGGGGUUGAAAUAAUACAGUCUGUAAUUUUUCAUAAAAUUCUAGGGCAGCUAGCAAACAAAGCGUCUCCAAAAUAACUGAAUUAUAGUGCAGAAACCGCUAGAAGGUAUACUUAUGACUAAAUAUAUCCAUUAAUACUGAUAAUUUGUAUUUAUUAUACAUGAUAACAAAGACAAUACUUUCGUUUUAACUCGCAAUGCUAUUUCCAUGAGGCACGAUGUCAGAGUUGGAGAUAGUGAUGUUAAUUUUUCUGUUAGCAGCCGCAGUUCUAUUCCUAAUCUAAGAAACCUUUUACGGCAUAAUUGCUACUCGUCAUGCGUUUUGACGUAUGCUUCAAUGCUGUCUACAUCAACCUCCCUUAUUAUAUACUUAUGGUAAUUCAAAAAGACAAGAAUUACACGUCGACAUUUGAGGACGGCAAAUAAAUUACUGCACUUUCUUAAAUCCAAUCUCUCGUAGAUUGACGGAUGUUAAAUGUUUUCAUAUCGAUAAUGCCCACGUUACCCUAUUUACUAGCAUACGUAUCAAAACCCUUUAAAUGUUCUCCUUUUCCCUGCCAUAAGCCAGCGAGCAGAGAUACUUACUGGAUCUGAGACCUUAUACAAGUAAAUAAGACAGGCAUUUAAAGACCAAAUACAAACCCAUUUCCCAUCAACUUCUAUAACCUGGGGCUUAGAAAGAGUUAAGUACAAAGUUCUCCGUAUAUAGGGAACGAAGCAAUGGUAAGUUAACACAUACUCAUUGCAGACGUUCUGACAGCUGUAUAUCUUUCACCCAAACAUCCGAUUAUUUUACUAUUUGCUUUAGGUUCGUUAAUUUUGCAACUAUCGGUUACCAUCUGUCCCUCGGAUUAUCGGAGGCCAUUAUUAAAAACGGUGCGUCACGUAGAUUUAUGAGUUUGAUUUUUCGGCAUAGGCUUUAAAGGUGCGCUAAAUUAUUUUGUUCAGUGAGGCUUGCAGAAAACUUUGCGUGCAUAUGCUCAGUAUGUCAGGAUUUCGGAAUAAUGCAACAACAUCAUACCGACUUCGUAAACAAUGACUACUUAAUUGAUGCGAAUUUUUCCCAUUGAUUUUCGAUGCCCUUAUAAAUUCAAAUAUACUUCGUAAAAAAUGUGCAUAAAAAAUAUUCGUUUUUUUUACUCGUUUGACAGGAAACUGCAUUGUCUUCAAAGUUUAUACUUGAAGGAAGGGUAUUAUUUGGUUUUAAAAAGUUUCUUACCAUGAGAUUGUUGAAGACAAUGAAAUGCUUGUUCAUAAAACAUCGUGUCUCUGCAUUCACUAGCGCUUCUUGUAAAGUUCACGACAAGACCCAAAUCCACUGUCAAAUUUUAUGAGCUCCCUAUGCUUUCCUCUUAAUGACGUACAGAAAUGUAUGAUUUUCAGUAUAUGAAAAAUAUGCAGCUUUUAGUUCGAAGACCCCGAAUGCAAGCGUAAAGGCCGGUCGAGUUCAAAAUAUUUCAGGAAUUGGUAAGUUGUUUAAAACUAAGUUAUACUCUUCCUCUAAGUACAAACUUUAAAGAAAAUACAGUUUCCCGCCAAAUAAAUUAAAGGACGUAUAUUUUAUGCAUGUUUUCUACCAACUAUAUCUGAAUUCAUAAGGGCAUCGGAAAUCAAUGAGAAACAUUCGCACCGCUUAAGUAGUCAUUGUUUACGAAGUCCGACAGGCGACCGGAAGGAAGCUCAUUCAAAAGACGGCAAUCCGAGGCAACUGAAAUAUUUUGGGAUUAUACCGCAAAACGAUUAAUAUAACAACCCUACUUAAGUAAAUAUUUCCGGUCGGAAACGCAUUUCAGAAUUUUGGUAAACAUUUCAUGAGUCGGCACAUUUACUGUGUAUAGAAGUCCGCUAAGGGUACUUUUAAAAGUCGUUUCAGUUGAUUGACAAUCAGCUAGGUAUGCGGCGGUUUUGACUAGGACUAUAUUUUGAACCAAAAAACAAGUGGAAGAAAAGCUCCUCAUGGUGAAACCCCCAGUUUUGCAUAAGUGCUUGAGCUAGAAUUCAAAUAUGUCCUCCUACGCUUAUUAUCUACAGCAUCUAAUCACCUCUGCUUAGUAUGUAUUCCCACUUUUUAUUUGCGCGCCGUACCAACAACGUAAAUAAUUAACAAGAAUCAAUUUAUAGCGAUAGUCUACAUUCACCUUAUCUGCCGCAUCCUCUUCUUCACCCUCCUGGGCCCAAUCGCCAGAUUAAGUCAGGAAGGUCGUGGGCGGAAUCAGGUGUAGUGGCGGACAAAGCUGGACGGAUCAUCCACGCCUAUCCCGUAAAAUGGACCAGGAGUUCAGCGAAAACACUGAGGACGGUCAGGAUACCAUCUAAAUACGAGCGCCCUAGAGACUACAUUAAGAGAGAGCCAUUGUGAAAUGGCUUUCCGCCCUGAGAAUAAGCGGCAGCUUUCCGAUUUAUGACAUUUAGCCAUCGUGAUGGUUUGAGGGCGCGUCAGAUUUUUUGUAGUGCGGAAAUGCGCUGAACUGUCAUAGGGCCAGACCCUAAAGUAAAUCCUUCUCUCACUCCCCUCUCAUAUGCACCACUCGGCUGUCAAACCUGGGAUUGGGCGUAAAUGACGGACGUAGUUAGGUACCCGUCUAAAGGGUGCCACACACGGCCCAACCCCCACACAGCACGCCAGCUUUUUACAGAGGAGUAGGCCGGUCGGAUUUUAAAUGCAUGAAAAUGAUAUAGAGGUCAUGUCACAAAGGAACAGUUAAGUCUGACGUUCAGUCCACUUGCUGGCCAAACUUCAAACACCGGAUCGACUGCGAGGUCUGAAUUAUACAGUCGGUUGUCAACAUUACCAGCCACUGUUUUCAAUCGAUCGUCGGGCUCGUCAGAUACAUCGUAGUGAGGAAUGCGCUGAAGUGCUGUGGGGAUGGAGCUCGCAAGGUCGGACUCACUCUCCCCUUUCUAUCCCCUGCGCCAGUCGAGAGGUUGAGCCUGCCGGCCAUACGGUGAUGGGAUUGGGCGCACUGACCGACGGAGCUGCAGCAGUCCGUUCACGUGUGCCACAAAUAAACUGGUCGGCACCGCAUUGCAACAAAGUACAUAUUUUGACUAACUCGAUAGGUCCAUGUUUAUUUCGUUUGUCGAGUAAAGCAGGGUCGGUUUUUGUGUGAUGUGUGCUCUGUUGGGGAGAUGUGUGAUCAUAGUGUUUUUUCUUCUGCAACGUAUUAUGGCAGUAUUUCAUGGAAGCGCAUACUGUCGGAUGUGCGUAGGCAAUGCCAGAAGUUGAAGCUAGGGAAACAGGUGUAUGUUGGCACCCCCAGCGUCGGUUCAACAAUUUUACUACGAUGAGUCCGCUGGUGACCGACUAUGCCGAUGCGUGGUGUGCCUAUGAGGUAGACAUAUGGGUAGCACAUGUUGAUAGCUGCCAAGUUUGCGGUGACGGAUAGGUUUUUAGUGGUAACAAUGUCGACUAUGAAGGAGUUGGUAGUAUUGGUGACUAGGGAGUUUUCGGGUGUACUAGGUAGGUCGACACUGCGUGAAUUCUGCUUUUGUGGAUCCGUAUGUGUUCGAAAAGACCCAUAUGGUGUCCUGAUGUUUCAGGACGUUUUGCACAGGUGAUGCGCGUUUGACAUGUGCGUCAAGACACCGGACAGUGGUUUCUCAGCCCCAGCGCUGCGUAUUUGGAUGUGACAGAUCAGAACUGUGCGUGAUUUGGAGGUGUGAUCUCAAAGCAGACAGUUUGGAAAUGAGCCCGAAUUGUUAGUGGCGGGGCACCGCGGGUGGUCUCACCUGUGAUGGGAGUGGUGGUGCGUUGUGGUACUGAUGGCAGAGAUUGUGUUGGGAGGCGGGAUGAUGAUAGUAGUCCCCGUGGACGUCAUGAGAGCCUGCGGUAUGGGGAGACUGUGAAAGUGUUUUCGGGGGUGGGAGACUGAGGGGACGUGCUAUUACCGCACUUGCCCUGAAAUGCCCGGUGAGGCCGAUCCGUGCUCGGAAUGUCCACCGAUAGUCUGGACACCACGAAAGGAGAUAGCUGUUUGAAGCUGUUGGUCCACGAGACUCGAGAGCCGUCGUUCUUCUAACUUUGGGAGACGUAAUCCGGUUGGCUUCGUAGAUAACCACUCCAAUCUUCACUGCUCUUUCGUAGACCGGGUGGUUCUAGGUAGGGUCCGCGCCUAAGUGCCGUGGGGAUGGAACUCCCAAAGUCGGCCCCGUUUUCUGUAUUCUUUCCAAUGCACCAGUCGGCGGUCCGGGCCUAUCAACCAACCAAUGAUUAAUUUGGGCGCAGUGGCUGACAGUGCUAAUCAAGUCAUUCCAGCUACGUUAACGAACCAGGAGUGACCCUUUUAUGUACCAGGAUACAUCUGUGCCGAAGUGUUAGACUAACUGACGUUUAACGUUGUCGUCCCGUUAAAGAACAUGGUUCGCACAUUGGCGUGAUGUACAUGUUCUCGUAUGUGAAAUUGAGCCGGCGAAGUGGAUCACAUGCCCAAAUAUAUAUACAUAUAUUGUAUUAUAAAAAUUAUUGUUACUUGAUGUAGCACAUGGUGUGGAGGAGGUUCGUAUGUGACGUAGGGAUGUGGGAACAACUUGGGUAAUGUGUGAUAAUGGGGUCAGGUGUGCGUUUUAUUGGAGAUAUACACGAGGUCUCACAUGGGCAAAUAGGGUGAUGCGAUGACCAUAUGUACUAAGGCAGUGCUGGCAGCUAGAGAGGAUGCGAUGGGAGUAUACUGGGGCCUCUGGCGCAGUAACUCAGUUUCAGUAGGAUGGAAUCGCAAGCGUCCGACCAGACCGAUGUGUUAUAGAAAUGCGCGGUGGCAUUUAGGAUAAAGCUAGACAGGCCAGUGAGCCGGCGGUGUGUCGAACCUGAUGGCGGUGGAGUUGGUAGUGCUGGUGGUACAGGAAAGUUUGGGUACAGGGGCAAGUCUGUGGUAAUGGCAUUUUGGGAGAUUCCGCUGCCACGGAUACGCAUAUAGCGGAUUUGAUAUAUACGGUGUCGGAAUGUCUUGAAACAUGGUAGGCAAAUGAGGCGUGUAUGGCGGGUGUGUGUCAGGGCCACAGGCACUGGCUCUGUGAUCUAUAUGUGAUGUAUUCGCAAAUGAACGAUCAGGUCUUUGCGUGAUGUGAAGGCGCGGUCACAAUGAAGACCGACUGGAAUUGAGUCCCAAUGGGCAAUGAUGACAACGGUUUGGAGGCCGAUAAGUGUGGCCGUUAGGUGUUUCUGGUGAUGGCAGUAUGAGUUGAAAUAAGAAGCAACUUGGCUGCUUUGACAUUCCACCGCGUCCACAGACGUUCAUCGAAGCAGUCUGUGUCCGGAAUGUCGGUUGACAGUGUUGACACGAGGAUAGCAGUUGGGUGGCGGUAUCGGUGUUCCGUAACACUUGAUCUUUACGUGUCUGUCAGCCCUGGCAACGGCUAUUCAGUUGGCUUCGAGGAUCGCUACUCCAAUCCGUACAGCAGAGCAUCAUGUUUGUCUGUCUUAAGGGAUGUCAUUCCAAGUUUCCGGGUUGAUGCGCAGGUGUCUGAAGGAGGUCUUCAAGGUGUUCUUGUAGUCAUGCCCUUGUCCGCCGCGCCUGCGGCCACCCAUAACGACGUCACUGCAGAAUAGCCGCUUACACAGGCGUUAAUUGUCGGCCCUCACGACUUGACACCCUUUAGUGUAAUAUGGAGAAUGAAAGGUUAAGAGCGCCUUUCAGGAAGCCUCUUCAUGGCUUGCCGAGAUGAGACUGAUAUUCUCCCACAAGCAUGAUAAUCUCGAGGGCAAAUUCGCUGGUGUUUGAGGUAAAAUGACAGCCUACUUUAACCCUUGUUAAGAAAGAGUAGUGUAGAUCUUUAUUAACAAUGUUGAAUACAACAUAUAAUUUUGCCUUUAAAAAAUAUGCCAAAGUUAAACACAUUCUUCACAACGGAUUUCGGAUGUGACACUUCUGUUUGAUAGACACAUUCGAAAGCUAGUCACAAACUCUCGGGGAAAAAAGUCGUUUGUGUUCAUUAAAUUUUUGUUUUUUGGUCACAGAAUGAAUGUUGAAAGCUGUCGAGCGCUGAAGAAUAGAAACAGUCUGUCAAGUGCUUUUUAGAUGCAUCACUUAUUAAAUAUUGCACCAUUUUGUAAAGGAAAAGCUUACCAAAAAUGUCCGCUGUCAUGCCCACAAAAGCACCGAGGGCUUAAGUAGUCAUACAGUCACUUAGCAAUCUCUUGAAAUGUUAACCGAAAUUAUGAAAUACGUUUUCGAUUUAGAAGAAUUACUUAAGUGGGACUGUAAUAAUAAAUAAUUUUCGACGUGAUUAAAUUAUCUUUCGGAUAGGCCAGAGCGAUGUCUCUUAGAUGCACUCCUUUACGGUCGUCCACGAAAAACAUAGUCGGUCAAAAAAUGACCGCCCAAAUAGCAAGCCUUUUUUCAAUUGAUUUUCGAUGCCCAUGUAAAUUUAAAUAUAUUCUCUAGAAAAUCGCCAUAAGAAUAGUAUUCUCCUUUCUCAUUUGGUAAUAAAUCAUGUCUUUUUCGAAAUGUAUACUCAGAGAAAAAUUGCUCUCUCUGAAUAUUUUGAACUCGAUCUGCCGUUGGAUUUCCGUUCAGGGUUUUCAGUGAACAAGCUGUGCAUUUUCCGUGUAGGUGAAAACGUACAUUCUUCUAUGCCGUUUUCGAAAUAGCGUAUGCGGUUCGUAAAAUGUCGCAACAGAUUCGGACUAUGAGAGGCAUUAUUAGACUAACAAAUACUACGCUACUCGAGUGGACAUUGCACCGGCUUUAAGAGAUCAUACUUGGAAACUAUUCAAAGUGGAAACAUACCCUUUUUCGGAUAUAAAAUUUAAAGCAGACAUUAUUUACCAUCAGAUGUUUCUGUGCAUGUUUUCGCAAAAUGCUUUUAGAUUUAUAAGGGGAUCGAAAAUCAAUAACGAAAAUAAACAGUACUUGAGCGGUCAUUUUUCUGAGUGAAAAGAAGUGGAUUCCUAUACCAAAAUCCUGGGAUUUCUGAAGUAUCACGGGAUUAUGCCCCAAGAUAAUCAAUAUUACGGUCCCACCUAAAUAAUACUUUCUAAUUAAAAACCCACUUCAGAAUGUCGGUUACCAUUUCAUGACCUACGAUAUUUGAAAAUUCCGGCUAACCCAAUCACUGUUCUUUGACUUUCUGGCCGCUGUAUUAAAACACAGGCGUUAUAAGAAUAUUCGUUCCGAUGUUAGUCCUUGAGUUUUGGUAACGUAAUUGUAUGAAUGCGCUCACGCAUUAAAAUAAUUUCACUUUCUUAGCGUAUAUUGGACGCGUUCAAAUGCAUUCAGUCAAAAUUAAAUCGGAGCAGGAUCCGCUGUCACCUGAAAAGAUCUCAGUUUGACAGUGCGAUAUAUUGUUACUUAUGGCGUCAAAGUUUCAAAUGUGCAUCAUUCUUUUUACUUCAUUCAGAGGCAUCGUUUGAUGGCAAACGCGCAAUAUUAGACGGGUUUUCAGUCCCGAUAAAGCGGCUUUUAAAAUGCCUAACACCUGAAACGGAACGGGUACGUUUCACGUUUGUGUUAAAUGUGUCAUCUCUGACCAGAAAUCACACAAACCAUUGCAUUUUCCAUGCUUGGCAUUUGACGAUUUUGUAAGAAAAUUCCUUUUCAACUCCUUAUGCGGAUGAUUUUUUGGCACGUCUGGUUUAAUUGUGUGCAUAAUUAAAAAAAAUGACAGCCGCCUAAAUCAACGUUAUGAAGCUUACCGUCUGUAUUAGUUGCAAUAAUGUAGGUUUAGAACAGACAUUUACUGGAGCCACCAACAACCUGUUCUGUUAUUUGAGUAAAUGUCUUCUAGCGAAAUUGUGUGGGAGAGAUUAAAUAAAAACUGGAAAAGGAUUCCGUUACUACUUUUAUUGGAGAAUGCUUGUGCUAAUGAUUGUCAUUUCCUUAUUAUGUGUAGGGACAUAACCUAAAGAAGCUCAAAUAAGAAGCCUUUGUCAUUGUAUAACACGAUUUAGCUCGAUGUUCUCAGUCCUAUUUGUGAUUUGCUAAAUUAGAACAAAUGAUAUACUUGUGGUAAGGAAAGAAUGUACAAUACAAAGGGGGCUUCUUAGGGUCAUCCGAAUACUUAUAGUCUUUAGUUAAUAUAAGCGAUUUACUCAGUAACUUAGCGUUGAAGCAAAAGUGGAAUGAGGUCCUGCUCACCAGAGCAUGUGCACAAUAAUGCGAAAUGGCCGUAUUUUUGCAUCCGGAUAAAGCAAAUUACUACCUUUAUGCUAAGCUUUAUGAGACUUCAGAUGCGGCCUUGCAAAAUAUUUGCUUUCUCUUUUAUUGGUGAUAAACGUCUUGCCGUAAAAAUUUUAAGUAUUGCGAACGGGCGCACCUCUAGGCUAAUUAUACAUACACCUGCAAUCCCUGGGCGAUACGAAUAAAUAAACCUUCCGUCUAUAUUUCAAAAUUUUCAUUCAUCAUCUCUAUCAUACUCUUUCAGUAAACAUAUCCCACAAAAUAUAUGAGGCAGCUCGACAAAUGAUAUACAUAGAUCUUUCUACCAAACUGUGCCAUCAAAAAUUCAUAUCCACUUUUAUACCCGCUUAGAUAUUUGCCAAUCUGCACGACUCCUUGGAGCAUUUACGGUUGGCUAAGACAGUCCUAGCAAUUGAAAUGCUUGCACGUGCUUUUGUGAAGGGCAGUAACUCGAGCGACAUCGGUGACAGCGGUCUUCCUGGAGUUCAUGUUUCUGACAAUGAGGCCUUCUUCAUGUUCUUCUUGCAAGUAGGUUGGAUUGUGAUGUCAUAGAAGAGCAUGCAGUUAAGGUGUAAUCCUUCAGUCCCCCCCCCAAAUCUUUUGUAACAGGUUUUCAUUUUUCUAUUCUCAAAAACACGAAUAUAUCAAACUUUUCUGGGUCAACAAAUAAACAAACUUUGUAUUAACAUUUUAGGGCAUUUCUCUUAACUGAAACAGCGUAGCCAGUACAAGUGCCCCGCCUGUCACUUAUAUCUAUCAAUAUACACAACCGCUAGUAGACGACAAAACCAGCUGAUGAGUUUAAAACACGUUUGGACGAUCCGGAAUAAUAUUUGCAAGUGAGAGAAAGGGACAACCUGCACCAUUUCUGCUUCUGCUAGCCGAAAAAUGAUGAUGAUGAUGAUGAUGAUGAUGAUGAUGAUGAUGAUGAUGAUGAUGAUGAUGAUGAUGAUGAUGAUGAUGAUGAUGAUGAUGAUGAUGAUGAUGAUGAUGAUGAUGAUGAUGAUGAUGAUGAUGAUGAUGAUGAUGAUGAUGAUGAUGAUGAUAAAGAUGAGGAAACAAAACGAUAUACAUAUAUAUAG